AUGGAUAAGGUGACCAGAUUGCUUCACCCUAGAGAUGCCUAUGAAGUUUUCCAAAUUCAACUAGUAGGAGGACAUAACAGACCGGACGUCAUGAUUUGGGAACCAGAAAAGAAUGGGAUCUAUACAGUUCGGAGUGGGUAUAGGUUGUUUGUGAAGAUUAAUAGGGAUAGGCAACUCGGUGAGGUGUCUUAUGCUGAUGAUCAACGAAAAAUGUGGAAGAAGAUUUGGAAAAUGCAAAUCCCCCAUAAGAUACGUGUGUUUGCGUGGAGAGUGUGCCACAAUGGGCUGCCAACACUCAGAAAUUUACUGGCUAGGAAAGUGAUAGAAGAUGCAGUCUGCAAAUUCUGCAACAAAGAGGAAGAAGAUAUAAAUCAUGCUUUAUUAUACUGCUCCAGGAUUGAACCGGUGUUGGCAACAAAGCUGAGUUUCUUGAAUACUACUUCUGAGCGGAGGGACAUUGCACAUAUGGUCAAUCUAGUCAUAAGUAGAAACAUCCCCGGUGAACUGGAGGAACUAUUCUUAUGCUUGUGGGGAAUGUGGUAUAGCAGGAACCAGUUCAUCUUUGAACAAAAAAUAUUUUCUCCACAGAUGGCUAUUGAUCAUGCUCUUACAAUUGCUGGAGAAUACAUAUGUGCACAUAAGCAAAGACAGCAAGGGACCCAUCGUAGAGAAGGGUGGAGUGCUCCUCCGGAAGGAGUCUUAAAACUUAAUGUUGAUGGGGCCCUAUUUGAGGAUCAAUGCAGAUAUGGGAUUGGGAUGGUUCUACGGGAUGCAAUAGGAAAGAUGAUUUUUUCAGCCAGUAAACCAGAGAGGGGCAGCAUGGACCCAAUGGAGGCAGAACUUCUAGCAAUGUUGAGAGAUUGUUUAGGAAGACGGUUGGGGCCAAAACUUCUUGGCCAAACUGACGAUUCAGGGCAAAGGAUGGUCAAGGAUUUCGUUAAGAUCCUCAAUCGAGUGAACUCUAACAAAGUCGCAGAUAGCUUGAAGCUCCCAGAGUCUUUUAGUCAACUUAUUUCUGGAAUGAAGCACACUUCAAAAGAUUUUCCUUUGAUUUUGAAAGCAAUGAUGGAGAGAUCUGAAAGGGAGAUCAGGGAGUUGAAGUUUUCAGAGCUAAUGAACAAACACUUCGCAGCUAGUGCGGUUCCUAAGGGCAUUCACUUCUUCUCUUUGAGGCUGACUGAUGAAUAUGCUUCCGGUGCUCAUGCACGCAAACAGCUGCCUUCACCUGAGUUACUCCCUUCGCUUUCUGACAACUCAUACUACCACUUUGUAUUGUCAACCGACAACACCAAAAUUGGGGUUAUCUACUUAAAACUAUGUUUGGUCACAUCUGCUGUCCAGUCAUCUCUAAAGCCUGAAAAGAUUGUUUUCCAUGUCAUAACUGACAAGAAAACUUAUGCAGGCAUGCAUUCGUGGUUCGCCCUGAAUCCUGUCUCUCCCGCUAUUAUAGAAGUGAAAGGCGUUCAUCAGUUUGAUUGGUUAACAAGAGAGAAUAUUCCAGUUCUUGAAGCUGUGGAGAACCACAAUGGGAUACGGAGUUACUACCAUGGAAAUCAUGUCACUGGGGCCAAUCUUAGUGACACUACCACCCCACGAAAAUUUGUCUCAAAACUGCAAGCUAGAAGUCCAAAGUACAUCUCAUUGCUAAAUCAUCUCCAUAUAUAUCUCCCGGAGACGUCAGACUCGUAA